AUGAAUCGUUACAUCUUCCAUUUAACACUUAGAAACGAGAAUUUUGUCAUUUCAGAUUUAAUAGCCCUAGCACAAUCGCUUAAUAUCGAAAUGAAGCUCGAAGAUCCAACAUUAAAGAUUGGAGUUCCUCCACCUUCAUUUUUCAUUGUUUUACUGUUCAAUACUGAUGAAGAUGCAAAACUAUUCGCUUCUAAGUCUAUUGUUACUAAAGCUUGCGCAAGAUUAUACUGCGAUGGACCAGAUUUUGCACCAAUUUUAUCUUUUGCAGAAAAAUUCGAACAUCAAAUAGGAGAUGAAACAUAUUCCAUCAAGGUUGAAACAUUUGGUAGGAGAAUUUCAAAUGAAGACAGAUUAAACUAUAUUAAUCAACUUAUUCCGGCUUUACGUUUAUCAUCGAACGUAGAUUUAAAGAAUCCGAAACAUACAAUUGUAGUAUACAUCCGCCGUGUUCCAGAACAGAAAUCUACCAUUACAGAAGAAAGAUAUUACUUUGGCAUUCAAUUGGCAAAAGGAGCUUUCGAAAUGCCAGAUAAAUACUCACUAAAAACACGUAAAUUCAUAAAUAAGACAUCAAUGGAGUCUUCUGUUGCAAUUCAUGCUUGUGUCCAAGGAUUGGCUGGUCCUGGCAAGAUUGUUUACGAUCCAUUUGUUGGAUCUGGUUCUUUACUUAUUGCUGCUGCCUCUCUUGGCGCUUACGCUCUUGGUUCCGACUACGAUAUGAAAUCAAUGACGCAACAAGGCCCAGAAAAGAAAGAUGGUGUUUCCAUUCCAGAUAACUUCAAGCAAUACGGACUUUUAGAUCGUUUCCUUGGCAUUUUCCGCUUAGAUUUCUUAUCAGAUAAUUUAAGAUACGACAAGAUGCCAAAACUCGAUGCAAUUGUUACAGAUCCACCAUAUGGAAUCAGAGAGAAGCAACGUUCUGAUGCUCCUUCUCCUUUAUUACCAUUAUUACUCAGAUUAUACGAAGUUGCUGCUGUUUGUCUUAAAGUUGGCGGCAGACUUGUUUACUGGCUUCCAACGGGAUACGAUUUCGAUGCAGAUAAGGACCUUCCGAAGCAUCCUGCCUUGAAAUUAGUAUCCAUAUGUCAACAAGUCUUAAUGAGCCGCUAUUGCAGACAAUUGGUCACUCUAGAGAAGACACAUGAAGAAACUGCUAAGGUAGAAUUCGAAAUUGGCGAUCAGAGCUUCUUAAAAGUUAGAGCUCUUGUUUUCUCGAAGCGCUCAAAUCCAGAGGGAUUCCAAAGAAAGGAGAAUGCAAGAGAUAGAAAGAGAGCUAAGAAGGAGGCAAGAAAACAAAGAGCUCUUGAAGAAAAGCAAAAGGAACAAGAAAUUCAACAAGAACAAGAGCCACAAAAAGAAUAG